CAUAACCCCGCGCGGAGGUAGGGCAGGCGCGCCAGGUGAAGCCGGAAACAUGGCGGCGGUGGAUAUACGAGAUAACCUCCUGGGAAUUUCUUGGGUUGACAGCUCAUGGAUUCCAAUAUUAAAUAGUGGGUGUGUAUUGGACUAUUUCUCAGAGCGCAGUAACCCCUUCUAUGAUCGAACGUGUAACAAUGAAAUGGUCAAGAUGCAAAGGCUAACUUUGGACCACUUGAAUCAAAUGGUUGGAGUUGAGUAUAUUCUUCUCCAUGCACAAGAACCAAUUCUUUUUAUAAUUCGUAAACAGCAAAGACAGAGUCCAACCCAAGUUAUUCCACUGGCUGAUUACUACAUUAUUGCGGGAGUGAUUUAUCAGGCACCUGACCUUGGAUCUGUUGUAAACUCUAGAGUGCUAAGUGCAGUACAUGGAAUCCAGUCAGCUUUUGAGGAAGCUAUGUCUUACUGUCGUUAUCAUCCUUCAAAAGGCUAUUGGUGGCAUUUCAAAGAUCAAGAAGAACGAGAUAAGGCCAAACCAAAAGCCAAGAAGAAGGAAGAACCAAGUUCUAUUUUCCAGAGACAACGUGUGGAUGCAUUGCUUCUGGAUCUUAGAAACAAAUUCCCUCCUAAAUUUGUGCAGCAAAAGUCAGGAGAAAAACCCAUCCCAGUGGAACAGAUUAAGAAGGAGCCAGAACCAGCCCCUGAAAUGGUAAAACAAGAGGAGAAGGAGACUGCCAAGAUCACACAACAGAGCACUAGUACUAAGGCUCCACCAGAGAAACGGAUGAGACUACAGUGACCGAAAGAACAUUGUUAACUGGCAUUAAUUUAUAAAACAAAGGGGUGUAAAUUUGUAAUAUUACCUAAAUAUGUGAAGUUGUUUUCCUCUCUGAAUUUUACAGACUUGUUAUUUGCAAACUUUUACAUAUACAAGAAGGAAUGGCUUCCAGUCUUAAUGUUCAAGGCUGAGUUUCACAUUGCUGUCUGAAAUCUUCUUUUGAAACUUUGUUUGUCUGAUCCAUUUAUCUUGCUGAAAAUUCUGUUCUUAUCUUUUGUAAAGCUUUGGAGUAAGCAACCUGAUGUCCUCUAAAGGUAUUUGGACUGUAGUUUUCAAAUUUAUCUUGUAGAAUUCUGCUUUGGGAAAUACUUUAAAAGACAACAACAACAAACAAAAACACACACACACACACACACACCCGAAACCCCAGCUCAUUCCUUGAUCACCUUCAUCUUUUCACUCCCAUAAUUAUGAUUGUGCUAUGAACAAGAUAAACAGUAUUGUCUGGAAUCCAGCAUUGGGAAGAUGUGUAUCUUCCAUGUAGCUGUAUCUUCCUAACUGUAUCUCCCAGUGCUACCCCCCCCAACCCACCUUUUAAGUGAUCAGUGCCUCUCCAUACACAUUUCUGUGUCAUUUGAGAGCAGGAGGACAGAGAUAUGUGUAGUUGCUUUCCUGUAUCUGGACUGCUGCAACAGGCAUACAGAGGGACCCUCCCCCUAGGGUCCUUGGGAGGUUCUUCCAGAUGAUGUGCUUGUAGAGCAUCCAGUUAACAGAAAAUGGGACGCAUCCCCUGAUCCACCUAUCUGUGAACAGAAACAGAAAUGGCUGUGUUGGGACUGUGUCAUUUAAAUGGUAGAUUUAGUGAGAUUUUUGUCAUUGUGCAGUUGAUAAAGAAUUCUGACCUACACAAUGAACAAAAAUGUAGGUUAUGGUAGUGUAAGCUUGACUUGUGCUAUCAUAACUCACUAACAGGAUGCCUGCCCUUAUAAUGUAGGAGUUUGUAAAGAAAGUAAUAGGUAAAAGAUGUUAAGUACUGAUGAAAAUGUAUUCAUAUUUGCUUUAUUAAAUCCAUGGAAUUAGAAUGCAGGGUGAGUUUUCACAUUUUCUUUAACAUCUCCUUGCCAUAUGUCAAAAUUGGAACUUCCAGUUUCAAUUUAUAAUGCUGCAGAUCGGUACUCUUUGUGUGUGUUAAUAAUUCAUCAUGAUAAUGCAGAAUUAAGUCUAGAUUCUCUCAUAGUGUUUUUCAGCUUGCAUUAUUUUUCUUGACUUUGGUUGACAAACAGUUAAGUCUUCCCAUUCAUGCUACUGCUUCUGUCAGUGGAUAGGGAGAAUUUUUCCUCCCCACCACCAUGGUAGGGGGACCCAGUAAAAUGUAUUAGGGCCAGGGAUUCAGAGAAGGGAAUACUGGCACAUAAUGUUAGAUUUAACUGUCCCCCCCCCCACACUGAGAUUCUUAUUUCUAUUGAUGUGGGUUUUUUUUUAAAAAAAAGUUAUGCUAGUUUUGCACCGUAUCAUAGGCCAUCUAAUUAUUGUCCAUUUUUAAUGGGCAUGAAAUAAGGUGCUGUUUAUUCUGUCAUAUUUGUGACAUGCAUCAAACAAUUGGGGAAUAAUAGGAAACACAAUCAGUUCAGUGAGGCUGCAGUAAUGUUUCAUGAGGCUGGCAUUCCUCCAUUUAUCACAGUGAUAUUUUCCUGAACUAUAUGGAUAUAUACAGGAUGCAUAAAAGUGUGUUUUACACUCAAUUUUUACCAGCAUUAUGUAAGGGCAUUUUAUUUAACCCUGGAGCCUGAUAAUUUAAGGAGAUGUGAACCUGAAGAAAAAAUAUGCUAUAAUUAUGUUUUCUACUGUUCAGAACUUUUCCCUCUUAUGUGAUUCUUUAUAUGGGUGGCAACAGUCUGUGUAUCUGAACUUUAGUUACAGUGAAGAAACUUACUUCAUAAUAUAGUUGGUAUCUGGUUUGAUUGAACAGGUGUAGGAAUCAAUCUUAUUUUUAAAUAUCUUUUGUUUGGAUGUCUACAUUGUUGGUUUUUGUUUUUUUUCUUUUUUAUUCUAAAUAAUACAGCUGUGUUUUUGGCAGCUUAUGUUUCCUUCUCUCUAUUAUUCAAUAUCUGUAUUGUAUCAAUGCAAAAAUAAAAUGUGUUUAAGCAUUUUGUAAGAAAUUCCAUCUUCAAAACAAAAUAAAGUUUGAGCCUUAAAUAUGA